GUUAAGCAGAAGCACAGGCUCUCAGAGAGAUUUGAACUCCCAUCACUUUCUGAAGAAGAAGAUCUGUCCUUCCUGAUCUUCAGAGCUGGUUCCCCUCAACAUGGCUGCUGAGAACCCGGAGGUGAGGCUCAUUCUGGUAGGGAAAACUGGAAAUGGAAAGAGUGCCACAGCAAACACUAUCCUUGGGAGACGUAAAUUUGAUUCUAGGAUUUCUGCCAGUGCUGUUACUAAGACCUGCCAGAAAGCAUCCAGGGAAUGGAAGGAAAAAAACCUUGUGGUAGUCGACACUCCUGGGCUGUUUGACACCAAGGAGACCAUGAAAACCAUCUGUACUGAAAUCAGCCGCUGUGUCCUGUACUCCUGCCCUGGGCCUCAUGCCAUCAUCCUGGUUCUGGAGCUGAACCGAUUCACUGAGGAAGAGCAGAAAACUGUUGAUUUGAUCAAGGCUAUUUUUGGGGAGGCAGCCAUGAAGUACAUGAUUGUCUUGUUCACCCGCAAAGACGAGCUGGAGGACCAGAGCCUUGAUGACUUUUUAGGCCCAGCAGAUGAAAAGCUAAAGAAUAUCAUCUUGCAGUGUGGGAAACGCUACCUGGCCUUUAAUAACAAAGCAGUGGGGGACGAGCAAGAAAAUCAAGUGCAGCAGCUGCUAGAACUGAUAGAGAAAAUGGUGGAUGGAAACGGGGGUUCCUACUUUUCUGAAAAGAUAUAUGAGGAUGUAGAUAGAAGGCUGAAACAAUGUCUAAGGAAUCUGGAGGAAAUUUAUGCUCAAGAAUUCAGUGCUGAAAUCCAAAGAAUAGACAAUCAAUUAGAAAAAGAAAAGAUGGCACAGAUUGAUUCUGCAAGGAGAAAUUAUGACGAGAAAAUGAGAGACAUUAGGGGAAAGGCUGAAGAGAAUAUAUUUAUGUACAUUUUCAAUAAGAUAAUUGAAAUGCUUUCGGAACUUUGGGACAAGUUGAUAUCGUGAAGUAAUGUCAUUUUUUUUUAAUUAAUGACAUUUGUCCCUUGAUAAUUUCAUAUGUGUGAGCAUAUAGUAUGUUCUGAUUACAUUCACGGAUUUUUGUUUGGGUAUGUUUUUUGCUUUGUGAUCCACUGAGUUUAACAAGGUUCAUGUGUGACAACAGGUUGAGAACAGUCUGUCAGAGCAUGGUGGGCUCACCAGGAGGAACACAAUGGAAGACAAUGACUCGUCCUUUCCCAGAAUCCAUUAGGUAACACCUCAGCAGGGUGGAGUAGGUUCCUAUGAGCUCCUCCUCCAUCCAGGCCCAUGGCUGCUGUGGCUUGUGACUGCAAUGACUGGUUCCUGAAGACAUACACAUGCAUGCACAAAUGCACAUGUACACACACACACAUUCACACACACACACACACACACACACACACACACUUUAAACUAUUAAAAAGGACAGGUCAUUAGGAAAGCUGGCUGGAAGCUCUGUGGUGGGCCUCCAAGUUCCACCACCAGUAACAGAGAAGACAUAGAUGACCCUGAGGAAUGAACACUCAGUGCUGGGAAGCACAAGAUUUUUGUGAGAUGUUCUAAUCUUCAUGAAACAAAACAAAACAAAACAAGACAAAAAACAAAAAUCCUUCUCACCACCUUUCUGGGAGAAGAUGAGGUGCAGGUCUCUGAAUUAGGGGAGGAAGGAGACUUUAGGGCCCACUGUUUCCACUAACCCUAACUUCAUUCUCUAGUAACCUGGCUCUUUACAGCUGCCAUUUCUGAGCUUGAACGGUCCUUGUUUGGGCUUCAAUCUCUGUUCCCCACCUCUAGCCUUUCCGGGCUGUGAGGGAGAUCAGCGUACUCUCAUCCUCCCCUGUCUUCCAGGAGUUUGGCCAAGUAUCUCAUCCCCACUAACACUUGUGCUUUUAUACCCUGCAUAGCCCUCUAGUAGGCCUGUUGGAUGUGAGGCUGCCUGUGGUGUAUAAUAGGUGCGAGACCACAGUGUUCCUGUGCAGUUGAUUUUCCGUAAGCCAACUUACCUUGACUUUAUAGAACUAGAACACAGCCGAACAAAAUGCACAAAGUACUUUCACACAGUUACACAGACCCACUCAUGGCCAUUCCUGUAUUCUCAAGGAUAUUUUAAAUAACUAUUGCUUCAAAACAGCUAACAAUAAAAAUGGUUUUGUUUUUAUUAAUGAA